AUGAAUGUGGAUUCACAGAACACACCUGGAAAGAUAAAUAUUUGUAAGAGGUCCAUUCUUUCUGAAACAAAGGCUAUUGAGAAUAGAGAUUACCCACACUACUGUAAUCUCUUGCGAAAAAUAAAUAUGCCUUUCGUGAAAGGAAUCGAAGAUAGGCAUAACUGCGGCCGGAUUGAAAAGCGAAAUAAUCCAUCUUUUCUGAAAUUUCACCCUUAUCCUCCAUCAGUUCUGCCAGACUAUCAUUUAUAUUCUCCGUAUCCCCCACCCGAAGGGCCAGAAUAUCCAUUUGCUCCUCUUAGGGAUGAUGUGCCCUUAUGUGACACUUGUUCAGGAUUUUUGAGUCCUGGUGGUGAUGCUGAUUUGAAUCCUGGCACUGGCAGAAGAAUACCAAGCCUUGUGGACUUCAGUGAUGUUAAACCUCAACAUCAAUUUCCCAAGCCAGAGACAGAAUUUCAAACCAUUAAAGAGCAAAUAAUUCUCGUAGACAAACUGAAACAGGACAGGAGAUGGAACUCCAGGGCAAUAACAGAUGUUUCCAUCAGAGCAAGACUUGGAGGUUGGACAAGCCCAGUGAAAGUUGUACCUCUACGACCUGCUGAUAAAGGAUAUUCAAUAAACCAUUCGUUUUCAUUUAAUGAGGAAGUGACAUACACAGAUGGUGAAAGGCCACUUCAACAAAUGGGAAAGAAAUAUAGCCCAAAAGACUCAUUUUACAAGUCCUCUACACAAAAAGCUUAUGAAAAUGUUCCUUGGGACAAAAUAAUACCACCAAAACUUGAUCCAGAAGAAACAACACUGAAAACGACUUCAGACCUUAUCUCACAAAAAAGAUGUGAAAAGGUGCCAGAAUUAAGACAGAUGGUUGGCGAACUCUGGGACAGAUUUCAAACAAGAUCUUUCUUGGCACCUGUCAAACCUAUACAUUUCGUGAGUAAAAGUUCUAGAAGCAAGUAUAUUCCUGUGUAUACUGGUCAUGUGCAAUCCACAAACUGUGAUGACAUUGACAACCCCCAUGGCGAUGACAGGUCUCUGGCCAAACCUCGAACCUCCAAAAUUCUUUACGCAAACACAAGACAAACAAUAAAUAUUCCAGGAUACACUGGUAACGUUCAUUUCACAGCAAUUCACCCAACAAAUUCUCCUAUUCCGCCAUUUUCAUCAUCAGAUUCAAAAGUGUACCAACUCUUAAGAGAAGAAAUGAAAGUUGACCGCUUCCGUCACCAUGCACCUCUGUCUGGAAUGGUCACAACUGUAAAACCAUACAACCCCUUCAAUAAAAAGCAGAAAGAAACUUUAGAAUGCUGA